AUGUGGCUCUAUCAUGAGAAGCAGGUGAUCCAAGCUGCAGGCCUGCCACCGGCGCUGGUCGCGGCGCUCUGCGGCGUCCAUUGUGUCAACGCCCUGCUGCAGGGCCACUACUUCAGUGAGCUUGACCUGGCGGCCAUAGCCCAGGAGCUCGACCGGCUGGAGGCAGAGGUGCUGGGCGGCGAGGGCCUGGGGGAGGGCGAGCACGGCAACCUCGACGACAGCGGCAUGUUCUCCUCCCAGGUGCUGUCCAAGGCGCUGGAGCUGUGGCAGCUGCAGAUCGUCCCCUACAAGAGCCAGGCGAUCCGCGAGCAGGCAGGCUUUGACCCGGUCAACGAGGAGCACUGGUACACGCUGCGCCGUGUGGAGGGGGCGUGGUGGAACCUCAACAGCCUGCUGCCCGCCCCGGAGCCCCUCUCAGACUUUUACCUCGCGGCCUACCUGGAUUCGCUGGUGGACCAGGGGUACAGCAUCUUCGUAGUCAGGGGGAAGCUGCCGGCGCCGCAGCUGCCGCCAGAGGCGGGGGAGGCGGCGGGCGGCGCGGGGCGGUGGCUGACGCCCGAAGAGGCGCGGCAGGCCACAAAAGAUGCCGCCACGACCCGGCAGCGCGGAAAGGCGCACAACGCGAUAGAGACGGCGCUCAGCCGCGCCGCGCAGCAGGGCGGGACGCUCACGCUGCAGCCCCGGAAACGCGCCGCGGACGCGAUGCUCGGCGGCGCCGGCGGCGAGGGCGGCAGCGGCGGCGCUGACGAGGACCCGGAGCUUGCGGCGGCGCUGGCGGCCAGCCUGGCAGACCACAUGGCCGCGUCACAGGGCGGCGCAAGCGGCAGCGGCGGCACUGGGCGGCGCGGCAGCGGCAGCCAGGGGUUUAAUGGCGACGGCGGCUUGGCAGUCGGCGUCGGCGUCGGCGGCGGUGCGGGGGCGGGGUCGUUGGGUCGUGGAGGCAGUGGCGGUGUCGAGGAUGACGAGGAUUACGAUCUGGCGGCCGCGCUGGCGGCUAGCAUGGAAGACCAACAGGCACAUGGAGGCGGCGGCGGCGAUGGCACUGAUGGCGCCGGCACGGCGGCGGCUGCGGCGGCCGUCGAGGGGGCGCCUUCCCAGAGCGCCGCGGGCGCGGCGGAGCCUGUGGUGGCGGUUCCAGACGAGCCCGAGGAGGGCGCCGUCGGCGUGCUGACGAUCGCGCUGCGCCUCCACGACCGCGUGGUCACCCGCCGCUGGCGCGCCACGGACACGGUCGACCAGCUGCGCGCGUUUGCGGCGCUGCAGCUGGGCGCGACGGCCCCCCGCGGCGGCUUGGCAGGCGGCGGCGGCAGCCAGGUGGCGCUGUCGACGCAGUUCCCGCGGAGGACGCUGGAGGACGGGGCCGCGGCGCUCGGGGAUGCAGGGGUGGAGGACCGCAGCCUGCUGAACGUGUCCACGUGA